AUGGCGUCUCCGCCCAAUGCAGCGCCGCCACGGCGUGCAGCAGCGCCAGCCUCCAGGAGCGACGACGCACAGUCACUGAGCCAGCUGUCACUGUCACUGACGCCGGGCCCGCGAUCCCCAGGAUUGCCCUCGACCCCGUCGACGCCGCUGCCUUUAAAUGAAUCUUCUCGCCAUGCCUCUCCCUCGUCCAGAGGCACUCCCACUCCCUCGCUCAGUCCCUCGGGCAGAGAAUCGCGAGCCGGAACUCCCACCCUCGUCCGCAAAGCCUCGAUGAACUCCCUGCACUCGGCAAAUGGCGUUGGCCCCUCGCGGUCUCUGUCCAGGCGCUCCAGCCUUGGGCAGGUUGUUUCACCGGGCUUGAGAGCGUCGUUUGGCAUGCCGAGCUUCGAGCCUGAAUGGCGUCCGCCUCUGACGCCAAACUCUGUGGCGAGCGGCCAUUUCAAAGACGAGCUGGAGGCUCAUCAUGGUCCUGUAUCGACGCUCCACACCGAGACGGUGGUGAUUCUUAAUGACGCCGUCUACGGCCACCGGUUUUCCCGCCCGCGCACCCCCAAGAGUGCAUUAAGCACCAUUGUGGAGCGGCCCGAGCGAAUCAAGGCCAGUGUCUUGGGCGUGUCCACAGCUUAUGUGCGUCUUGGAGAGCGCCACAACGAUGGAGCGCUGCCUAUCCUACCCAAAGGAAAUGUGCACCUGCUGCCUAGUAUCCCCUUUCGCAUUCACAAGACUGACCGGAGGCUGCCGUUGUUGUCCCCCGCGGUCACAAACGUUCAUGGAACGAAAUGGAUGGAGGAGCUCAAGACUAUGUGCGAGUCCGCCGAGGAGGUGCUGGCUCGUGGAGGAAAGGAGCUACAGAGGCCUACUAUAACUCGAGGCCCAGACCAUGCCGCACCAGAAAAGCUUCAUGAAGGUGAUUUGUAUCUUUGUCCCGAGUCACUAGAUGCGAUUGAGGGUGCUUUGGGCGCUGUGUGUGAGGGUGUCGAUGCUGUUUUCUCUGCUGGACCAAGACGAGCAUUCGUUGCCGUCCGGCCUCCGGGCCACCAUUGCUCUGAUAAUCUCCCAUCUGGCUUCUGCUGGGUGAACAAUGUCCAUGUCGGAAUCAUGCAUGGUAUCCUCAACCAUGGUUUGACGCACGCCGCCAUCAUCGACUUUGACUUACACCAUGGAGAUGGGUCUCAAUCCAUUGCGUGGGCGCACAACUCGCGAGCCAUGGCUGCCACCAAAAAUCAUUCCGCCUGGAAAAAGACGUCAAUAGGCUAUUUUAGCUUGCACGACAUCAACUCUUACCCUUGUGAGAACGGUGAUGACGACAAGAUCAAGAACGCAAGUAUUUGUAUUGAGAAUGCUCAUGGACAAAACGUUUGGAACACCCAUCUCCAGCCGUGGAAAACGGUUGAGGAAUUCUGGCAUCUCUAUGAAACAAAGUACACGAUACUUCUGGACAAGGCUCGCAGCUAUCUCAAGGGUCAGGCAGAGAGGCUACAAGAUGCAGGACUCAGCCCUCGGGCUGUCAUCUUUCUCUCUGCAGGGUUCGAUGCCAGCGAAUGGGAGAGUGCCGGAAUGCAGCGUCACAAAGUCAACGUACCUACCGAGUUCUACGCACGGCUAACCCAAGACAUCGUUCGACUUGCCGCAGAGGAAGGCCUUGCUGUUGACGGUCGCAUCGUCAGUGUCUUGGAGGGUGGCUAUAGCGACAGAGCCCUGACCGCGGGCAUCUUCAGCCAUCUGAGCGGUCUUGUUGGCAAGCAAAAUCUACCUCGACAGGGGGGCCUCUCUUUUACGGAUGGUGCGUACGACGAGGAUGGCGAGCGUGUUGUUCAACCGCUUGGUUCGAUUAACCCGUACGAUCCCUCUUGGUGGACGGCUGAUGAACUUGAAAAGUUGGAAGCCAUAGUUGCGCAGCUUGAUGCGACACCAAAGAAGCCGCGUUUGUCUCCUACUCCAACAUAUUGCUCUCCAACCCAAGCUUCCACGGCGAGGGCAGUGAACCCUCUCAAAAUGCAGCGAAGCAUGUCGUCUCUUAUCAACAGAUCGACCGUCUCAAGUCGAUCUCCAUCUCCAUCACCCCCUGAUGUUUCCUGGAUGGUUGCUGCCAAGGAGCUUUCAAAGCUUCUUAUACCGCGAGAUCGCCAAACUGAGAGUGCUACGUUUGAAGAUCUGAACCCAGAGGCAACUCGCGUACGACGCGAGAGAGCAUUAUCUGGCGCAACAGACCUUGAUCGGCCAACAUCGAGAAUGUCGCUUCGUGAACGUAAGCCUAGAGCUAUUGACCCUAUCCAAGAACAAGAGGAGACUCGGCAGAUGAGAGACCGGGGAAAGAAUGUGGCCGUUUCGACGAUUGCUGCAGAAAAGGCAACAGCUCGUGGUCAGACACCGCAGCCUCUUGUUGGUCUAGUUCCAAAGAAGAGCAAUCGACGCCUUACUACCUCGUCAGUCGUCCCUACACAGCAGCGCAGCGUCUCUCGCUCUGCACCAAUCAGCGAGGAAAUGCCGCUUCGCCCUGCAACAUCAGCAGGCCCCGUCUCAGGGAGGCCUAUUUCAGUUGCAGACAGCCACUCCCAGAGCCUCAGACCUUCUGGGAGAAUCACUGUUAGCAGGUCACGGCCGACUACUGCGCACGGGGAAGCGGCUCUCAGAUCGCCCAUGCUUGAGGCCGGAAGGGAGACAACUGCAGAGAGAGCUCCGCAAUCUGCGGCGUCAAGGCUGGACGCUACUAUUAACAACAUGGAUACGAUCACCCAAGGGAUCAAGAAGAUCAAGAUCAACUUGAUCACUCAGUCACAAAAGGAAGCCCGAGAGAAGGCCCGGCUUGAGGCUGAGCAAGCCCAAGCCGCAGCCCAAGCCGCAGUCGCUAAAUCACCACGAACUUCGUCUGCUGGCACUAACAGAUCCGUAGAGUCUGGUGGCCUAAAGACUCCCAACAGCACUUCUGGCCGUAGAUCUACUGUUUCUGCCACAUCUCCGGAUAGUACCCUGCCGGCACUGACCUCUGAAAGUGGCCUAUCAACACCCAAUAUGGAGCACUUUACACCGAGAACAGUGUCUCCGGAGGCAAGGCAAGCGGUUCCAAAUAUGAGCUCUCCUCGGUCGAGCCAAGCGGCGGAAGAAACGUCCGAUUUUUUUGUGCCAUAUCAGCCCGGAGGGCCACCCCCCGUUCCCAUUGCUUCUCAAGAGCCACUGAAGUGGCUUCCUCCUACCCUUCCCGCCGGUGCCCCAGUUGCUGCGCCUACCCUUAAGAAAAAGAACAGCGCUCUAUUCCAAUAUGGCGGCAGCGGAAGCAUUCCCUUUGCGCCCAGGCUGGCGAGCCAACCCACCUCUUCGUCACAGCCCAAGGUUCAUAGAAAACCUAGUGGACCCAUCAGGGGAGUCCCCAGAUCUCCGCCAAAGAAAUAA